UGUAGGAUGUGGAGGGCGGGCGCCGGGCAGGCCGUGUUGGAGUGAUCCAUCAACCAUGUGUCCCCCGGGUCCCCUGGUGCAGCUGACCCUCCUGCUGGCCGCUGCUGCCACCGCCAGCAACUGCCCCACCAUCUGCUCCUGCAAGUGGAAGCAAGGUAAACAGACAGCAGAGUGCCGAGAGAAGGGGCUCAACACCUUACCUAAAAACAUUCCCCCAGCGACACAGGUGCUGGAUCUCUCACACAACAACAUACAGAGACUGCCACGACUUGCCUUCGCUGAAGAGGGCCUCACCAACCUCCAGAAAAUCUACUUGAUUGACUGCAAGGUGGAGGAGGUGGACAAGGAGGCGUUUCGAGAGUUGAGUAACCUGGUAGAACUUGAACUGAGUGAGAACAAGCUGCACCACGUGCCUAGCGAGACCUUCAGGUACACGCCGCAGUUGACGGAGCUCUACCUCCGUAACAACCCUAUCCAACAUAUCGACGUGGACGCCUUCAUUCAUCUGGAAUACCUCAAAACUCUCGACCUCAGUGAGUGUUAUAUCAAGACUAUCGCCGCUCGAGCCUUCGAGCCGCUGACAGUGUUGGAGAAGUUAAAGCUUGCCUCUAACAGGCUGACAGAGCUGCAGCCUCGACUUGUUGAUAGCUUACAGAAACUUCACCAGUUAACAGUUCACGACAACCCUUGGAUCUGUGACUGUCGCCUCAGGAAGCUACGAGAGUGGCUGGUGGAGCGGCGUGUCCCUCACGAUGAGUCGCCCGUCUGCGACAAACCCAUACGCAUCCAGGGUCAAAACUUUGAUCAAAUGGACGAGGAUCAGUUUGCCUGUAAACCAGAAAUUCUGCCGACCCAGAGGAAAAUAGAGAGCGAGUCGGGGAAGAAUGCGACUGUGUGGUGUCCAGUGGGCGGGCUGCCGACCCCGACUGUGUCCUGGAAGGUGCGAGACAUAGUGGUGCAGAAUGGAUCACUGGUGGGCGGAGGCGGCGCCCAUGGUUACAUCCUAAACGAGGCCAGUGAGGAGCGAGGGAGUCUGCUGCUGGUGGUGGGUGCCAAGAGCCAAGACUCGGGACUUAUUAUAAAAUGCCUUGCCUCAAAUGCAGCUGGCAGCACGGCUCAGACCUUCGAGUUGAUUGUUUCCCCUCGGUCCUCGGCAGGGUUUUCUGCUGAUAAGAUUGCUGCCAUCUCUUCUGUGUUUGUCGUGGUGGUCGCCAUUCUUAUCGGCGUGUUCUCUAUACUGGCCCGGCGCCGCAACACCCACACUCCUAUACCAAUAAAGACAGUGACAGUGAACGGGGCGACAGAGACACGCAUCGCAAACUUGCCCUACACUCCCUCGGCAUACGUCGGAGGCUCAGUGGUGGCCACGACGGACAACCCUGACCUGUUGUGUGAGGCAGACCAGACCUCUGAGGGCGAAGGGGCAGACUGCUGCACCACGGACGAGGGCAGCCAACACUCAACAUGCAGCGCUGCUCCCAGACUCAAUGGUCAAAGUCGCAGUCACACAGUGUCCCUGGACGGCGACAAGGGGCCCAUGAGCUGUCCAUUUGACUCUGUAUGGGAGCCGGAGCGGGUCCACGCCGUCCUAGACUCAGCGGCGCCGGAGCACGUUAUGCAAACGUCUCUACACGAGCCUCCCACGCCCAACUGCGACGCCCUCGUUCAGCAGCGACUCCUCUCCUCGUCUCAACGUCACCUCAACCAUCGACUGUCGUACCUGCCAGAUUUCGCGCCGGACUACUCUGAGUUGUACUCGUUCAGCCACGUGGGUCCCGGGCACACGUACACUUCCCUCAGCGGCGUCACGGUGCCUCACUACGGAACCAUCCCACGUUCCAUGAAGAUGAGAACCAGCGUCCCAGAAGUCAUCCCUGGGGACGGCACGCCCACCCUCAUGCGACACCCGCGGGCGUGGCACUACGGCUCAGAGGGCUCGCCCGUGACGUCACACGAGCAGCGGAGGUGUGUGAGCUCGCUAUACUCGAGCCCCACGCCCACGCCCACCAACACCAUGACCACAACGUGUCUGCCGCCACAGCCGCUACAGAGCCACAGCAAUAAGCUGAGUCGCAUCACCGCUCGUGACUCUCCCGACGAAGGGUACCAAGAGGGGGCUGACGUCUAGCACUCGUCUCGCGCCUUGAAGACCUUGAGGCGUGAGUGAGGCACUUGUGAUGUGAGGACGACCAGGCAGUGCCGUGUCCUCUACUGUGUAAAGAGACGGAUAAUAAGUUUAAGUACCUCCUGAUGAUACACUCAACGUGGUGCCGAGUGGAUCUGAAAACUUCUUCCUAGAGAAUUCCCUAAAUAUAAGAGUUCCCCCUUAGUGUAAGGGCCGCUGGGCCUCUACCUCGUGCUGCUCAUUAAGGGCUCUCACCUGGCGUCCAGAUGAGAGGUCAGCACCAAGACCUGGGUCACCACGGCAGGUAGAGGUACAGCGGCCAACAGGUUGGUUGAGUCUAGAGCUUCCAGUGGACUCAGAGACAUUGUGACUGUCCAUGUAUAGCGACUCUGAGUCUCUCUCCGGUAACUCUCCCUGGAGGAACACCUUGUAAACUCGGCCUUAUACACACGUCGCUGUAGUCAUGUUGUAGAGGACUCUGGGAUACUCAAGUCCGAUACAAAUAUUAUUUUAGUUUUCUAAACGAAGUACUUUAUACAAUGGUUUGACAUGUACCAAAAACUAUGGUAUUAUUUGUGACUAAUGUCUCAACUACCUUAACAAAAGGUGAAACAUCAUUUAUGACUGACCUCUGUUCCCAAACUAGUAUUAUUCUUGUUUAAUAUCUGUUUCUGAACUGGAUUAACACACACACACACCAAACUAGUAUCGGCCGUGACGAGCAUCCUAAACUGGUUUAACUCCAACACACUACAUGAUCUGUGACUAAAUGUAUCUACAUAUAAAACGAAUCAAUUAGCCAACGACACAAGUGUACAUGAAUCACUACACCAGUUGAGUCAUUGUCGAGUACUGUACUGUAGCGUUAAGUUCUCUCAGGUGUGUGACAGUGAUCGUCAUCAUUGGUCUCGUGUCAACACAAUCAAACACUAAGGUUAUAAUGGUCCAUUAACACGAAUUCUUCCUCAUCAUUUAGUUAUCACUGCCGUGUGGUGAUUAACGCCUCGUGACAACCGACAAUAAAUACACAAAAUGAUUCCUUUACUUAUGAGAAACACUGAGUUGAAAGAGACGCUUAAGAAGGCCACUUAAGGAGGGCUCUCAGAAUCUCCUCAUUUAAUACAAAGCAGGAAACUGGAUGAAGGAUUUACGAGUGUUGUUGGUAACACUGUCAGGGCCAGUACUAGGUGCUUGUGACACAGGUCCUGGUAACACUGUCAGGGCCAGUACUAGGUGCUUGUGACACAGGUCCUGGUAACACUGUCAGGGCCAGUACUAGGUGCUUGUGACACAGGUCCUGGUAACACUGUCAGGGCCAGUACUAGGUGCUUGUGACACAGGUCCCGGUAACACUGUCAGGGCCAGUACUAGGUGCUUGUGACACAGGUCCUGGUAACACUGAUACACAGGUCCCUGGGAUAAAGUGACAUGGUGUACAUUCCAAUGUAUAUAGUAUACAUAACAUACAUACAUAUAGAAAAAACAAACAAACAUAUAUAUAAAUAUAUAGAUCAUGUAUAGCAGCUAAUUCAACAACCUCUUCUCGUUUAUAAACAUGAAUGCACCCCCCCCAC